AUGAUGCUCUUUGGGCCUAGGACUGCUUUCAAGACACCUAUUGGCACAUCUCCCUUCAACCUUCUCUAUGGAAAGAGCUGCCACUUACCAGUAGAUCUUGAGUACAAAGCUCUCUGGGCUGUUAAAAUGUUGAAUUUUGACAUUAAAACAGCUCAAGAGAAGAGGGUGAUUCAGUUACAUGAGCUAGAGGAGAUAAGACUUAAUGUUUUUGAGAGUGAAAGGAUUUACAAAGAAAAGACCAAGAUCUUGCAUGAUCAGAAGAUCCUUAAGAGAGAGUUCAAGGUGGGAGACCUUGUUCUCUUAUUUAACUCUAAGCUCAAGCUCUUUCCUGGUAAGUUAAGGUCAAGAUGGUCAGGACCAUUCAGAGUUUUAGAGGUUAGAAGCUCUGGAGCAUUGGUCUUGGAAGGAAAGGAUGGCAAGGGUUUUGUUGUGAAUGGACAAAGAGUCAAGCAUUACCUGGUUUCAGAGAAGAGAGAGGAAGCUUCUACAGUUCCUCUUGAUGAUCCACCAACCUGUUAA